AAGGGCUAUCGGUCUCACAUAUGACAACGGACGAACUAAAAGAAAGGGGAGGCUGGUCCCCACAUGGAGGUCUGCCCAAGCUUUCCCGAAGCAAGACGGAAUCAUUGGCGCAUCUCUCUAUAGAGAGGUUUCUCGAUCAAGGUCCCGAUGGCGAGUGGACAGCAAGCAAGCCAUGCCCACAUGGAUGCGUGGCCAUGUCCCUCAGAGAGCCGGAAGCUUCCCCUUGGCACAAUAUCAAAGCUCGUGGUAGGUUUACCAACUCUUCCCAAUCGACUGUAACAGCGUCCCUGUUGAGGCAGUCCAAUACUCAUGAAAUGGGGCCCAUAGAAAGUCGAGAUACUACAGGAAUACCUCCACCGCCUGUCAAGUGUAAGCUGAGCUUGGUGACAAAGUCCAAAAAGUUUCAAAGGACGUUCAAGCCGUCCUGACAUCAUGAUGGCUAACAGCGCGGUAGCUCCCAGGGAAAUCCAAAGACGACGACUUCCAGUGCCGAUUAUGCAUGAGUCCCGGCGUGCAGGAAACCCCAGGCAACGUGGGAGGCUGGCGCCAAUGUCCAUUCUGCAUCGAGAGGUGCGUUUAGAGGAUUUCGAAACACCAGUUGCACCAGUUGAUCCAGUCGCACCAUUGCCCUUUCGACAGGCGGACCAAGAGCAUCUGUGCCGAGAUGGCUUCGAAGACUUGGAAGCUGUACCCACGGGAAGAAGCAUACCGCUUAAACGAGGACGACGGAAAAAGUACCACGCUAUCAGUGGCAUGAGGCAGCUUUCGACCACAACUGAGCUGAGAAAUCCUGCUGUGGCUGCAAAGCCGAGACGCGGAAUGAUCGAGAUCGACCCAGAAUUAUACGCGAUGGGGAGCAAGCCUUCUCAGCCCAUGCCUAUAGAGGAACGUGAUAAUCGGACACCGGGGGAUGAGACCGACGGCGAGGUAUCUGCCAAUGGAUCCGUGGUGACCGUGGAGUCAAUAACCUCAGAUACACCGACAAUCAGGCGUAGAGGUCUUGACUGUUCGCGAGCUUGGAGAGACCCUCUGGAUUUUGCCAUUUAUCUUACAGGCGACGUUCCAAUGGCAUGUAUUGCUAUAUGCGACAACUCUCAGAGGGAUGUUAGUGAAGGAGUCGAAUCUCAGUUAAAUACGCCAGACGAAGAGUACGAACCCGGAUCCUACCUGAAAGAGACCCCGGAUGAUAAUGGCAAUGAUAACCAGGAAGGUGUACGUGACGAUGACGAUUCAACCUCCUGUCUUAACGACGAAGAGAAGGACUGGACUUCACCGCCAAUCUGGGAUCUAGCAGAGUAUGGCCAACCCAGACGAGGCGAGCUGCUGAUGCUGGAAAUGAAAAGCAUCAAACAAGAUGGGCUUGAGCACAGUUUUGAUCUCGGCUACAAUGCGAGAGCAGGCAACUUCAUAGACAGGACUGGAGUGAAUUGCGAACACGCCCAGGGAACACCAGCCAGGAAGGACGAAUAAAGAACCGAAACCUCCUGUCGACACUGGCCGACAGGGGAUGGGCGUAGCUAAGAUGAGAACAUAAAAAGGGGAAAGGAACUUCAGAUCUGAGCCAAAACUGCGAGAUGUAUCAGUAACAAAGGAACAACGCAACAAUACUCCAGUUGAAAGAAUGUAGCAGGAAAUUUGAAACGGGAGCGAAUGGUGUACUGUGUCCAACGGAACAGCUGCUAAUCAAGAAGCCUCCUGCUUCAGAAGUCUGACAAGACGGCCUCGGAAAUGCCAAGGGAUUUCAAGC